UGAAAUUGGAAGGCCAACCCACCGAGCUGAAACCGAAACCGCGAGAUUAACUGACAGCAAAAUCCACUAAGACCAGAGCGAGAGAAAAGGCAAAGACGAAGACGGAGACGAAGGGCUGCUAAUGGCGAUGUACGUGGACGAAGAGGAAGUGUGGAAGUGCCCGAAGCACACGUCCAAGCGCCGCCGGAGCGGAAUCUGCCCCACCUGCCUCAAGGAGCGACUCAACAGCCUCUGCCCUGACUGCGCCAACCUCCGCCCCUGCGGCUGCUGCGCCUCCACAACCACGUCUUCCUCCUCCUCCUCUUCUUCCUCCUUCUCCCGGUUCUUCUCCGGCGGCGGCGAUAACGGCAGCGCCGGAUCCGUCGGCCGCGUCUCGAACCUCAUCGAGUCCGAGCCUUCGUUCCGGCGCUCUCGCUCGGUCGCGGUCUCCUUGUUCCGGUCGCGCUCGAGGUACGCCAACGACCUCGGUGCCGGGCACCAGGGGAACGGGGAAAGGGGCUCGCCGGGAAGCAGGGGCAGCAGGACGGCGUCGUUUUGGGGGAUGUUCAGGAGAGACAAGAGCAGACGAUCGGGGGGCGGAUUCGAGGAGACGGUGUCCUGUAACGGGGAGGAGAUCAGGAGAACGGAGGACAAGGGAGGGGCCGACGUCGCGGCGGCCUCGAAGGCGGCGGAGGAUCAGUCCCGGAUGAUGAGGAAGUCGAGGUCGGUGGCGGUGACGUCGAAUUACGGUGGCGGCGACCUGAGAUCGGCAGGCGGCGGGAAAGGCCGGGGCUGGUACUUUCCGAGCCCAAUCAAGGCCUUCCGGCAGUCUAAGGUGUCGAAGGCGGCGGUCGCGCAGGAACGGUCGCCACUGUACAGAGGUUGAAUUGAAUUUUCUCCAUUUGCGUGUAUUUUUAUUUUUCUUCAAUUAGCAUGAAAAGAAAAUAAAAAAAGGGAGCCAAAAUAACAAUUUUUUCUUUUCUUCUUUCCAUUUUCCCUAUUUUCCUUUUCUCCAUAAUUAGAUACUAGAUAGAUUUUAACAUUAUACAUUCUAUUUUCCUUUUGUUACCGUAGUAAUAAUGCGAUGCUCUAAAUAUUUUUCCGCAUUUUUUGCAAUCUGUCCCGGCAAUGUUUCGAAUGUGUACUUCUAUUCGUCGGUA